AUGGGACAAACACAAAUACUGAAGGAACAAAAACAAAUACUGAUGGGACAAGAACAAGAAAUGAAGGAACAAGAACAAAAAAUGAAGGAACAAGUACAAAUACUGAUGGAACAAGAUGAAAUAAUGGAAGAAUUGGGACAAAAGUUGAAAGAUUCUGUCAAAGAUGACUUUACCGGGAAGCUACAAAGUGUUUCAACCAAGUUCGAGAGAUUAAAGAUAUUCACUGAAAUGCAUGCAGUCGGAGAGGCAUUGAGUGAUACAAUUGCAUCGUGUAUACAGGCCAUUGACAUGAGCAAUGUCGCACUCACAUACAAUGACCUUCCAGCUCUCGGUUUUAUCAUAAACCACUCAACAACACUGAGUAUGGUCAAUUUCCGCAACUGCAGAUUACCACGAAACUCAAUUGUUCGACUGGGAAAUUCUAUCAAAAGCAAUGCUGUGGUGAUCAAUGAGUUCAACAUUGAAAAAAAUCCAGACCUCAAUGUGGAAGACUUCAUUGCUGGUGUGAUACUCUGCAUCAGCGAAGGAAGAAAUUGCAAUUUUAUCUGUGAUGUUGCGCAGCUAACCAAAAAAGAUAAAAAAGCAUUCAAAGCUGUGAUGUUGCAAUACACGGCACCGUCUCCCCCUCAAUCUGAGAAAUCAAGACGUGCAUUAGCAAUGGAAAGUAGAAUACAAAUGCCACAAGCUCCUGUGAAGCGGUACAAGAAGCGCUCAGGAAAGUUAUACAGCAUUAGUAUACAGAAAAGCAAUAUUGAAGACAAAUCACGAAACAAUUCUUAUUCGUCUGAUCAGUUACCAUCAUCCAAGACUAAGAGGAGGAACAAUACAGAGACACUGGGAGACAAACAUCAAAAAAGCUCAGAUGCAACUGACUCCAUAUAUAAGUAUCUCACAGAGUCGGGGGUGAAAAAAAAGGUGACAAAGUAUAAACCCAGAACAGUUGCUGAAUCCGUAAAGUAUAGGAAGAUGCAGAGGUUUCAGUCAACUUUGAGCACGUUAGGAGAAGAGACAAGUGAGAACACCUUUCCUUCAAAUUUGAAUAAAAGUGUGAAAAUAUCUGCAUUGGCAUCUGAUAGAACAAGGUUCCAGGCUUUAGCACUGAAAACAAAAAAGUCGGCAGGACUACGACGCCAUGUGAAAGACACUCAUUCGACCAUUCUCUCAAUGAAGAAAAGCACCAACAAAGAUUCGGGAUUUGAAUCGUUCAGUCACUUCAGUUCAGCAGUCAGCAUAAGAAGUAUUCAAAGAGAAUUUUUUAGACUCAAUAUGAGAGAGGACAGAAGCAGGAGAUCGGAGCAUUCAAUGUCAGACAAUUUAGAUACUGACAGCGCACAUGGAAGUUUUGACAGUUCAGAAAAUUUGGAUGUUUCAAGAAAAAGUAAUGAUUAUGAUCUAAAAAUGGUUGGAUGGCAGAGAUUCGAAAUGACAUGCAAAUAUGGGCUUGGAGUCAUGCAAAACAAAGCAGAAAAGAUUGAAAAAUGGCUGAAUAAUUUAGAAUCACAGAUUGAAGUAACAACAGAAGGUGAAGAUAUCAGAUGGAGUGAGCUCGUGCAUAUGAAAAUGGACAAUGCUCUUCGUAGACCAGAAGUAGUAUAUGCAACCAUUGGCGAAGACGGUGGAGAAGUAAGAAUAUCCUCCUUCAAAAUAUAUUUUCCACCCGGAGCAGUUGAAGAAGAAAAGAAGUUUUUCUUCAAGUCAUGCUCUAUUCCUGAUGAACAGCAGUCCAAGGAUUUUUUUCCCAUAACCCCUGUCCUCACAUGCAGACUUAUAAGCAAGACCUGCAAAUUGCAAAUGAAUACAGCAAAUGAAUUCCCAGUAACUUUUGCUGAGCCAGUCAAAAUAACAAUGAAAACUUUUUGUAGCCCAAAGCAUGCGGACGUACCAGUUAUAGUAUUCCAUACGAAUGAGAUGGGCAAAGGUGGUCGUCAAGUAAGAUCUCAGAAGGUAAAACUUGGACAAUUGGGUGCAAUUGAAAUCAAAGUUGAAGACUUUUGCAGCUUUAAAGCAGAGGUUGCUGCGGAGCAGUUAGAGGAUAUGGAAUUUCGCAUUAUGAACAAUGUCAGUAUUGAAAAUACAAAACGGGUCACAUCAUACUUUUGGAAAGAUGAAAGAAUAAUAAGUACCAAGGAUUUGGGCAACACUGGAUCUCCUAUUGUCACAGGCUUCCCCCUACCAGAAGAAAUCAUUGUCUCUCUGAACUCCAUUGUCUCCCUGACCAUGAAGUGCGAGAAUCCAAAUGAUACAGAAGUCGCACCGAUCAAGCAUAGUUUCAAAGUCACAAAAAAAUGGCUCAAAAAGCGACAUCAUCUAGAAUACUUCAGGCUUGAAGAGUUGGAGCAUGACUCAUGCCGCUUGGAAAUCCAAUACACAAUUGAAGCAACUGAUCCAGAUGAUGAAAACGAUAUACGAGGACCGCUACCGAUCGUUGUCGACUGGCCAAUUAAACAAUAUGUUCCCUUGUCUGAAACAGCUGGGCCAUCAAAAAGUGAAAAAGUUAAUCAGAGGCCCAUGCCAUCCAUGCGGACUGGAGAUGUCAAAGCAGAUUCUUAUAUUGGCACUCAAACCACUAACAAUUACACUCUCAAAGUGGACAAUGCACAAAACAUUCCACCAGCUCUGCUUGGGAUCCAGCCACAGCAGCUCGCGAUCAAGGAACUACCGGAAGAUACCACAAAAAAAUGAAGGGAAUCUCUGAUGAAUGAUAGCAAAUUCUGAUUUUUCAAAACAUCAAAGAGAGAAUGAUAAAAUAUUUUUGAGUUCUGCUUUGCAAUGCUAUUUUUUAAGAACUCUUUAAAAACAAAAUGGGUAAAGAUAGUGCUUGACUACCCUUUUUUUAAUAUAUACUGUACAUAAAGCAGAGUGGACAAUGAUUCCUAACA